UGAUGGCUGACCCCUAGGAUUGUGUCCCUUAUUAAGGGGAUUGUGGGAAAGGCUGUAGCAGGUUCUAGCUAGAAGGCAACAGAUGUCGUCCGAGAAGUGGGAGCUAAGGAAGGUGAUCCAAAUAUCAUUGAAUCACCUUGUGUUAAGAGUCUUGGGAAGCUCCAAAGGAGGUGAAGAAAGUCCUGUUAAAAAAGAUCUUGCAGAGGAUGCUGAGGACCCUGGGGCCAAUGGCAAGAAUGCGGAGGUUAACAGGGGAGAAGAUAAAGUUGAUGAAGAAAGUCUUGAGGAAAAAGAUAUGAAUGUUGAGAAUGAUGGGGCCAACAGGUUCAUUGGGGAGGCUGAGCAGGGCGAGGGGUUGAAUGUUAAAGAUCCUAACCGUGCCAUUGUGCAAACACCGAGUAAUAAGCGUCUUGUUACUUUUGUCCGGGGUUGGAAGGACCACAAGAAUGACAAUUAUCCGUGGCCUUCAAUAAUUCAAUGCAACGACAUGGAUGCUAAGCAACGGGACUGUUACCGCGUUGUCUGUGGCAGAGCUAGGGUUGGUGAUCAGUACAUUCGGAUGGCUUCUUUGUUGUACACCAAAUCUUGGGUGCACGAAUAUGGUGAAAAUGACAAGCAUGUUUGUUAAAAAAGGGUGACCAUAAACAUUUGGCUAGGAAGUACGGGAAGACAUUCCUUGCCUGUAGUUUGAACCAGAUUCGCGCGGUUUUCAUGCCUGUAAUUGAGGUGGAUCAAGAGGAGGGAGAGCAUUGGUGGUGUCUUGCUGUUGAUUUGAAGGGCAGGCAUGUUUGGGUUAUUGAUUCCUUAUAUGACCAACCCUUUGAUUCACAUACAAAAGCUGUGGAUGACCUGAUUAGGGUACUGGAUGUCCUUGUUGAGAUAAGUGAUCCAUUGUGGGAGAAGGGCAACAUGUGCAACUGGCCUAGGAGAGUGUUUGAGGUUCAUCAGAAAGACACGGUCAAUUUGUUCCUACAAGAUGCGUAUAGUCCCCACAAUGAUCUCCAUGCGAAGCUAGAGGAAAUUGUUCCAAAAGAUCGAAGGGGUGGGAGGAGGAACAAUUCUCAAACAACGAUGCAAUGGUAACCUUUCAGUUGUUGUGUCACAGUUACUUAGAGGAAAACAGUAUUUAUGUGUUGUUUUCUCUUGAGGUCUGUGGUAUCUCUGGAGAUGUUUUGACUAUUUCUGAACAUCAAAAUUUGGGUGUGGGGUUGAACAAUUUCAUUUUGAUUAUGCUUUUUUUUAAUGCUAGCAUGUUUUAGAUUAGCAUGGUUCUAUAACUAAACUGGUAGUGUAUGCUUUGCAUGGAUUAGUAGAUAUAUGCUAUGAUUAAAUCAUAUGUUUAUUAGGAAAUGCAGUUUCCUUUACAUAAAAAUACCUUAAU